GAACCGAGAAACAAAAGCUCUCAAAUAUUUGACAACUUUAAAGAGAAACUUUAGAAAACUAUAAAAACAACAAGCCCACAAAUUCCGGAGGUAUUUGACAAAAUUUCCGUGCAAAAAUACUUCCCGGACGUACCUGAAAUCAGCGUUCGAAACAUCCUCCAGUUCGAAGUUCACGAGUUUUGACUUUUCCACCAGGGUCGGUAUCGUCACCAAUCGUCAAGAAACAGAAUUUUCCGAUCUUUUUCAAAAUUCCGCUCCCAAAACCCGCGGUGGUUCUACCAGAGAAUGUUGAUGUUGAAAGUGGUCCGUAAACUCCUAAUCAGAAGAGCAGCAUGGAACUUACUAAAUUUACCCCAGUCAAACCCCAAGUGUAUUACUGCCAGCAGCUGUAUAUCGAAUGGAAAUGGUAGUUUUGCUGUAACAGUCAGACAAUACAGUGACAAAAGCAUUUGUCCUCCGGGACAGUCUCCAAAAUCCAAAGGAGAUGAAGGGGGCAGUGGGGGAAAGUUCCUUUUGACCCUCGGGGCCAUAGCAUUAGCUGGUGGAGCCACUCUGGCUUACGCAAAAUAUGACGAAAACUUCAGAAAGACCUUAACCACCUACGUACCCUUUACAGGAACGAUACUUGACACUCUGGAUAACAAAUCAUUAUCCGAUCUGUACAGCGAUACGAAAAAGUCCGUUUUGGGUAGUAUAGUAGGUGAGGACAAGGUUGAAAAAAGAAAAAAAGACAUCAUUCCACCUCCAAAGGAAUAUAAAGCCCCUUCACCGAUUUUGCCGGCUUUGAAAAAAGAAUGCAAAGAUAAAGAGGAGAGUUAUAACGAAAUUUGGCUUGAAGAAAAGGAUGAAGGUUCGGAUGAACCCAAAGUUAACAUCGCGGGUGACCCUAAACCUAGAGCUUCCGAAACUGAUACAAAAGCUCUUGCGGAACUAGAAGAAAAAAUAUGUCUCUCUGCUACCGAAGCUGUGAACGCAUAUAACAAAGCUGUCCACGUUCUUUUGAGCUAUAACCAGGACAUAGAGCACAUAAUUGAUGAGGCUGUCAAUCAAGUGAGGCCAGAGGUGUGGGAAGAUGUCAGACAGAAAACCAAAUCAAAGACUGAGUGUAUCAAAAGAGCCGAAGAAAAAGCCGAACAAGCUACUAAAGAUGUCAACAGGUUAAAAGAGCUGAUUUCAAGUCCAAACUUCGUAGCUUCGGAAAACACGAAGGUUAUUAUAAGAAAUAACAUUUCCAAAGUGCAAGACGACGUGGAGACUGCUAAAAAAGAGUAUCAAUCGGCCUUGAAGCACGGAGAUGUAUCUGAGAAAUACUGGGACAAAGUUGAGAGAGCCAGGAAGAAUUUCUCGGAAGAGUUAGAGAUCUUAUUUCCGAAUAUAGAUCUAGGUAAAAAGAAAUUGGUGUUGAAUCAGGAGGAGUUGGACCUGUUUAUAUUACAUGUUUAUGCCAAUGUGUUGUUCUAUCAGAAGGAGCUGGCCAAGAUGGAGACGUUGUUGCAAGGCAAGGUUGAACAUGCCGUGGAGGCUGCUAAGAAGGGUGGAUUGGAGCCCUUGACUAUUGCGCAAAUUUGUGAGGCUGUGGAACAGGAAAAGAGGAGGUUGACAGCGUGUUUCCAACAACAGGUGCUGAAAUUGAGGAAAGAUGCAGAGAUAGAAUUAAGAGAACAGUUGAAGAGACAGUCACAGGCCUUCAAUGAUCAUUUGAACGAAGCGAUCAAGACGCGUGAAGAAGAAAUAGAGAGGAUUUUGACCAGGAGAUUCGACGAACAAUUAGAGGAAGAAAGGUGCAAGUUCAAAAUGCAGGUAGCCACUAUGGUAGGAAGGUUGCACGGCCUAGACGAAUCAAUUAAAGCUAGAAACGAUGCGGACGCCUCGUCCAAACAGGCCCAGGUGCUGUGGAGCGCGUGCCAGUCCCUGCUGAGGGCCGUCAGGGCGGGAUGCCCGGGUAUACCGUGGAAGGACCAGAUCAGGCCCUUGGAGCCGGAGAUCAAUGCUGUUGUGAGAGCCGCAGCUGAAAACGAUGAAUUGGUUUGUGUGGUUAUCGAAGGCAUUCCAAAGGAGGCUAAAGAGAGAGGUGUAUAUCCUGAGGACGCGCUUAGAGAGAGGUUCUUAAAGGUGGAGAAGGUUGCAAGGACGGUUGACUUAAUUCCUGCAGAAGGUGCCGCCUUACCUGUUCAUAUUUUAUCCUACAUCCAGUCAUUAUUACUAAUAAAAGCCGCUAGUCCCAUACCUAGAGCUGAGCUAAACGAUGAAAAAAUCGAUUUUAGUAAACUAUCGACAAAUGACAUUUUACAAAGAGCAAGGUAUUGGCUGGACAGAGGUGACUUUGCCCAGGCCCUCAAAUACAUGAACCUCCUCAAAGGUGCGCCGAGGUGCGUGGCCAGACAAUGGAUGAACGAAACGAGGAUAUUGCUGGAAACUCAGCAGGCGGCAAACACCCUAAUGGCGCACGCGGCCUCCAGCGGACUGAUGUAUUUAUAAACGAACCUAACCUCACUUUAGUUUGGAACAUAAUUUAAUUUAAUUUGUACCUAUGUCUACACAGCGAGCCUGACGAGCAACGUGGCUUUAAUUUAUAUCGUAAUUCUUUAAACAGAUCAAUGAUUUCCAAUUAUUACUCAGAUAUCAGAUGAAAAGGAUAAAAACAAAUAAAAGUAACUCUGGACAUGGAUUUUUUCUGUCAAAUGUUUCUUGUCAUUGUUUCAACAUCGUUUUAUCUGGUUGUAUGGUGUUUCUUCUGUAUCAGUUUUAGAUCAAAGUUUUUUCUACUUAAAUUUGAAAGAUACAGUUGAACUUGUAAGAAUAUAUUUUUGUUUUUUAAUAAAAUACGUCUGUUGAUUUUAA